CGAGGAAGGAGAGGUUGUAGGAAAAGGGGUUGUAAAGUAGAAGAGAGAUGGAUGAGCUGCAGGGAAAGGAGACAGAGGUUGAAGAAGAAGAGGAUGUGCCUUUGAAAAGAUUGAGGAACAAGGCAAGGAAUGUCCCCGUGAGCAACAGCAUAGGGUCUGGCCAAGCAGAGGAAGAUGAACAGAAAGAGGGGGAGGCAGCAGAAAGGAGGAGGAGAAGCCUGAGGGCAAGCGUGGCACAGAGGGAAAGAAAGGUUGAAGAGAAGAGGUCAAUUGAGGUCGGAAAGAAAGGGGUACAGGAAAGGAGGAGUGAGAAGGGAGGAGGAGCUAAGGAGACAGGAGAAGGAAAGAAGCUCCAGGAAGAAGACAAGGCUCCAAGGGUUGUAAGAACGAAGGAAAAAGGGACGAUUGGAGAAGGAAGGGAAAAGGAAGGAGGAGAAGGUGAGGAAGAAGUAAGGAAAAAUGGAAGCAAGGGAGUGAAAGUUGAAACAGGAAAGAGGAGAGUGGAGUGUGGAGAGUCAUCCCAGUUGAGAGAGGAGGUGGAGGAAGGGCAGGAUGACGACCUGCUUGUGAACUCCACGUGGGAUGUCAGAUUUGAGAGGAUGUUCCUCUCAGAGUUUGUGGAAGAUGGGGAAGAUGGAAUGAAGGAGGUUGGGGAAGACCUGGACACAGUAGGGAAAGGACUCCAGGCAGAGCUCAAGGGCAGCACUGAACUCUUCACUCAAGGGUUUUUUUACUACAUCCAAGGGUUCCUGAAAGAAAUGAGCAGGCUAAGGAAGAAGGAAGAAGAGAGGGAUGCCCAGGUGGCGAAGUUGAUAGAAGAUGUGGAAGGGAUGAAGAAGGAAGUGGAGGAGUUGAAGAAGGGAAAGGAGGAGUUGCAAAAACAAAUGAGCACUUUGAGGGUCUCCCUGACCAUGAAAGACAAGGAAUUGGAGAAUGAAGCAGAUGCGAGGGGAAGAGUGGAAAAGAAAGUGAAAGGUUUGAGCUCAGAGGUCAGCGUGCAAGGACAGGACUUGGAUGCUGAGAUUUCAGAGAGAAAGAAGUUGGGACAGGAUUGGGAGAAAAGAUGGGGUGAAAUACUGAAAGGAAUGGGAAAACUCAAAUUGAGCCAUCAGGGCAAAGAAAGGGAAACCACAAAGAUGGUGGAGAGAAAAGAGGGUGGAGAAAAGAGGGUACAGACUAAAGAGAGAAAAGAGGAGUCUCCUGCACCAAAAAGGGAGGUAAGUGAGAGUAUGGCCAUGCCUCUGCCAAGAGAGGGCAAAAGACAAAGGGUAUCUGAAUUGGGUUCAUCAGAAGGAGUUGAGGAUCGGGCUAAGACUUCAACCCAGCCAGACAUAAAGAAGAUCAGGCCUAGUAUGGCUGAAAAUUGGUGUUUCUUCUGCACUAAGGAAGGACAUCUCAGGGAUGAUUGUUCCAUUCUGGCAUUGUAUAUCAAAGAGGGAAAGGUCAAAUAUGAUAAUCAGAAGAGGUUGGUGGCCUACACGAGGCAGAUCAUUCGCAGGAUACCUGAGGAAGGCAGGGUAGCACUCCACAGGAUACUGGGACUACCGAUUGAUUUCUAGAUAGGAAUAGGUAGAUGCUUUUGAGUAAAUCCGUAACUUGUAU